ACCAGUUGAUCUGAUGGUCUCAUUACAGUAGAGUUGCUUUUCCCCACAAUUAUUUACUCUCUCUGCUAUUGCUUUCUGCUAGCUCUGCUCUGCUCCACAUCUGACAUGGCAAUGUUUAUUUUCGUUUUUUUAGAAACCAGUUAGAUCAGAUUCUGAUUCCUGGCAGAGAAUACUUGGCGGCAUGAAGAUAUUCAGUCAUUCACAGUUAAUGAGGAGAAGUUUUAUAUUGCAGUCUUUUAAGAGUUGACCUCACCCGUGUUAGUGCAUGGAUGAUUGUUAUCUCUUUUCUAAUGCUUUAUUGGUCCGUCUCUGUCUAUGUAAAAUUGAGCAGAAUGUUUUCUUUCAUUAAUAAGUAUGUGAUUCCGUCUUGAUGACAGUUUGAGAUAUGGGAUGUGACACAGACCGUGAAAGAGCUGUCGUUUUUUUGGAUCUGUCUCUCCUAACAUGAUUUCAGCAUCAACAUGAACGCUGCAAAUAUUUUGUUACUUCUGUUACUGUUGUAUCCCAGUACAUUGUGUGAGCAGCUCUCCCAGCUCUCCCUGCUUGCCCUGCUACAGAAAUACUGUGAGGCUCUCUCCGCACUCUACAAUGUCACAGGUUUGUAUUGCAAUGCCACAACUGAUGAGAUUGGAACAUGUUGGCCAAGGAGCAACACCGGACGGAUGAUGGAGAGACCCUGUCCAGAGUACAUCAACGGGGUGAAGUACAACACCACAAGGAGUGCUUACAGAGAAUGCAUGGAUAAUGGAACGUGGGCUCUGAAGAGCAACUACUCCAGUUGUGAACCCAUUUUGGAGGAGAAGAGGAAAUACCCAAUGCACUAUAAGAUUGCUCUGAUCAUCAACUACCUCGGCCACUGUAUUUCUGUGGGAGCUCUUGUCAUAGCCUUCAUUCUCUUCUUAUGCUUAAGGAGCAUACGAUGCCUUCGAAACAUAAUCCACUGGAAUUUGAUAACAACCUUCAUUUUGAGGAAUGUUAUGUGGUUCCUACUUCAGUUGAUUGAUCACAAUAUACAUGAGAGCAAUGAGCCUUGGUGUCGUCUUAUAACGACUAUAUAUAACUAUUUUGUGGUGACCAAUUUUUUCUGGAUGUUUGUUGAAGGAUGCUACCUUCACACAGCCAUUGUGAUGACUUAUUCAACAGACAAGCUAAAGAAAUGGGUCUUCUUGUUCAUUGGCUGGUGCAUUCCUUGUCCUAUAAUUGUUGCUUGGGCCAUUGGGAAGCUUUACAAUGAAAAUGAACAAUGCUGGUUUGGGAAAGAACCUGGAAAGUAUAUUGACUACAUUUAUCAAGGGCCGGUCAUUCUUGUUCUUUUGAUAAACUUCGUUUUCCUCUUCAACAUAGUAAGAAUUCUCAUGACCAAGCUGAGAGCUUCUACCACAUCAGAAACCGUACAGUACAGAAAAGCGGUCAAAGCGACGUUAGUGUUACUGCCUCUGCUGGGGAUCACCUACAUGCUAUUUUUUGUUAAUCCCGGAGAGGAUGACAUCUCGCAAAUAGUUUUUAUUUAUUUCAAUUCAUUUCUACAAUCAUUUCAGGGGUUCUUUGUUUCAGUAUUCUACUGCUUUCUAAAUGGCGAAGUGCGCUCAGCCGCCAGGAAAAGAUGGCAUCGUUGGCAGGACAACCAUGCCCUGAGAGUGCGUGUGGCACGUGCCAUGUCCAUCCCCACGUCACCCACCAGGAUCAGCUUCCACAGUAUAAAACAGACCACAGCUGUUUGACCAAGAUCGCCGAGUUCAAAGGUCGCCUUUGGAAACGUCCCUUUUCUAGGGAAGACACUUGUCUUAAGGCAUCUCUCCAUAAAUGUUGUCCAUUUGCUUUAUUUAUUUUCCCUUCUGCAUAAAGACAGAGACAAAGCACUUUGAGAAAGAGACCAUUAGGAUUUCCAGAUUAUAAUACCAUACCAUGACGUCCUAGGACGUCACACAGAAGUCAGGACCAUUCAAAACAGAUGGGCAAGGUUGCCUCUCCAAAUAAACAUUGUGAAGUCAUUGCAGAGUCUAAGUUGUACUGCCAUUGCAUCAAGAGCUGUUAUCAUACUAUGGUACAUCAGGUUAUAUUUUAAUAGGUCAGGAAGGUUGACCUUUCAAGGCCCCGUGCUGGAUGCUGAUGAGGCAAAACAAAAUCAGUGUUAGUGUCAAAAGAGACCCUAAUCACUCCCAGCACUGUACUGUACUAGUGGUAUUUAUAUCCAUAACCCUUCAUUAUUUGAUAUCUAUGAGAGGGUAGAGAUAAUUUAAGCAGGAUUGUGCUUUAACAGUCCGGGCACGGGAUGCAAUUGCAUUCUGUGUCUGUUGCACACCAAGUUUCAGAUGAGAUUAGAGAGAUGUAAUUAUACUGUUAAAUAAGGAAGUGAUACUCUUUGGUUUGUCAUCAGCACUACUUUUAUGAAUUGUCAAAAUGUGACCCUAAGAGCUUUUCAUUUGUAUAAAUGUUUUAAGGCUAAUUUAUUUUCAGAUUGUUCCUUGCCAAUCACUCUCUAACUCUUUUGAAUAACGUCAAUGAUGUGUUUUUCUCACUUCUGUAUAAAAAACCCUGAGGCUACUCUAAAUAAAUCAAAGCUAUCUUUCACUGGGUUCGAGUUCAGAUUAUAUCCAUUAUCUAAUGCAAAUAAUGGAGAUGGGACUGUGAUUCAGAUACAGUGGGACAAAAAAGUAUUUAGUCAGCCACCAAUUGUGCAAGUUCUCCCACUUAAAAAGAUGAGAGAGGCCUGUCAUUUUCAUCAUCGGUACAUUUCAACUAUGACAGACAAAAUGAGGAAAGAAAAUCCAGAAAAUCACAUUGUAGGAUUUGUUAUGAAUUUAUUUGCAAAUUAUGGUGGAAAAUAAGUAUUUGGUCACCUACAAACAAGCAAGAUUUCUGGCUCUCACAGACCUGCAACUUCUUCUUUAAGAGGCUCAUCUGUCCUCCACUCGUUACCUGUAUUAAUGGCACCUGUUUGAACUUGUUAUCAGUAUAAAAGACACUUGUCCACAACCUCAAACAGUCACACUCCAAACUCCACUAUGGCCAAGACCAAAGAGCUGUCAAAGGACACCAGAAACAAAAUUGUAGACCUGCACCAGGCUGAAUCUGCAAUAGGUAAGCAGCUUGGUUUGAAGAAAUCAACUGUGGGAGCAAUUAUUAGGAAAUGGAAGACAUACAAGACCACUGAUAAUCUCCCUCAAUCUGAGGCUCCACGCAAGAUCUCACCCUGUGGAGUCAAAAUGAUCACAAGAUCGGUGAGCAAAAAUCCCAGAACCACACGGGGGGACCUAGUGAAUGACCUGCAGAGAGCUGGGACCAAAGUAACAAAGCCUACCAUCAGUAACACACUACGCCGCCAGGGACUCAAAUCCUGCAGUGCCAGAUGUGUCCCCCUGCUUAAGCCAGUACAUGUCCAGGCUCAUCUGAAGUUUGCUAGAGAGCAUUUGGAUGAUCCAGAAAAAGAUUGGGAGAAUGUCAUAUGGUCAGAUGAAACCAAAAUUAAACUUUUUGGUAAAAACUCAACUCGUCGUGUUUGGAGAACAAAAAAUGCUGAGUUGCAUCCAAAGAACACCAUACCUACUGUGAAGCAUGGGGAUGGAAACAUCAUGCUUUGGGUCUGUUUUUCUGCAAAGGGACCAGGACGACUGAUCCGUGUAAAGGAAAGAAUGAAUGGGGCCAUGUAUCGUGAGAAGCAAAGCAUCACUGCUCUAGAGGAGAUCUGCAUGGAGGAAUGGGCCAAAAUACCAGCAACAGUGUGUGAAAACCUUUUGAAGACUUACAGAAAAUGUUUGACCUUUGUCAUUGCCAACUAAGGGUAUAUAACAAAGUAUUGAGAUCAACUUUUGUUAUUGACCAAAUACUUAUUUUCCACCAUAAUUUGCAAAUAAAUUCAUUACAAAUCCUACAAUGUGAUAUUCUGGAUUUCUUUUCUCAUUUUGUCUGUCAUAGGUGAAGUGUACCUAUGAUGAAAAUGACAGGCCUCUCUCAUCUUUUUAAGUGGGAGAACUUGUACAAUUGGUGGCUGACUAAAUACUUUUUUGCCCCACUGUACAUUUAUAUGACACUUAUUUCAAAAACUAAACACAAACACUAUUUUAGUGUCGCAGUCCCUUAUUUCAGUCCGCAUAAUGCCACAGCAGUCCCAAGUCAAGAUACAUUUUAAGGUACAGUACAUUAAAUCCUUUUAAUGUAUUAAAAUUAUUGAAUUAUUUUCUCUCUUUCAAAUCCCAAUGUGCUGCACUUAGUCAUUGUCAAUGCUAAGCUGCUGUGUCCAGGAGCCAGAGAGAGAUAGAGCCUGAUGAGUUAGAGUUCCGUUUGGCUUCCUUAAUGCUUUGUCCUGCUCAGGUCAACAUGCCAAGACCUGCCCCGGUAGUGACCGACCGACCGUCUGACCAGCAUGGGUGUUAUCCACCUCUCCCUCCAGGCCCAUUGCAGUGUCAUACAGGUUCCAGGCACUUAGGCAAGCCUGGUUAUUCAAGCUUCAGUAAGCAGUUCUGGGAAAUAGAACAGUAGAACUCAUGCACCCAUGGAAUUAACUUGGGAUUUGGAAUUGUAGAAAUUGUGUAAAUAGAUGGCAUGUUGGGGACAAACUCACUAAUCUGGUGUGGGGGUAUUUCUCUGAUUUGGGUUCAAAAGCAAACUUCUUUGGUAUCAAUGUUACAUGCCUGUUACCUGACUAGUUGCCAUGAAGAUAAUGAUUACGGCAACAAUCUUUCCCAUUAUUUUUGUUACUUUUGGAGUAGUAAGGAAGACCGCUCCAAUAAAACAAUACCACAUCUGUUGAGGUUUGCUGUUGUGAAAAGGGCUUAGAUAUGGCUGUGACUACAUCAGAAGUAAUUAUUGCUUUACACAUUCUCUUGCAAUUGAAAUUGUACUCUAACCACAUUUAUGUUGUAUGAAAGUUAAUUAAAAUUACUUGACAAAUGGUCUAAAAUUGCUUGUAGGGGAAGGUAUCGUUUGAUAAUUGCUGUGAACAUGAUUGACCUGUCAUGACCAUUAGAGUUUACAUCCCUUGAUUGCUCUAGGCCUAAUUUUCUGGAACAGUUGUCUAUGUAGCAGUUCUCUGUGAUAUUUUCAUACAAAAUGUAUAUUUUCGUAAUUGUGACUGAGUCCAUAUGCACAAGAAAUCUCUUGAAUCAAAGUAUUCAAGCAAACAGUCCCGAGAUCUAUAUAAAUACUUAAUUAACGGUCAAUAUUUUGCUAUUUUCUGGUCCUAAACCACUAAACACUGUUGGUUGAACAUCAUUUUGUUAUUUAUGUUUGGGAGGUGCCUCCAAGUUUAAUGUUUAUUUUGGAGAAGUUUUACUCAGAUUUAGGGGUUCUAGUUUGAGAAGGUCUAAAAAGAAGAAUAUAUCUUCAAAGAGUGCGAUAAAACAUGUAUAACCAAAAUGUUUCUUUGUAAUGUACAUAAACUCUUUUAAAAUUUGUUGUAUAUUGUAAUUAGUAAUUGUAAAAAUGUUAUGACGUAAAUAUGUUUUUUUCUAUUAUACUGUUGGAGUGAAAGUAAUUCAUUAAGAACAUUCAGAGCAUUCAGGUUACAUGAAUACCUAGGACCAUCCAAAGCAAUCAUAGAAAGGUAUGAAUAUUUUAAUAACAUUUUACUUCAUCAUCUCACAAUCUCUUCUUGUGCAGCUUAAAUUGUACUUUCCAUUAUGUUUUUAGUCUAUUGAAUUCAUUACAAUUCUGCACAUACAGUACAUAUUACAAUACUCCUAUGAAAGUUAAAACUCACCAAGCGAAAUCACCCCCAACAUUUUUCUUUGAUUGAAACAUGAAAAUUGAGAUUUUUUUUGUUGCAAUUUUUAUAUUAUUUUAUGAAUAUAUAAUGAAUAGUUCAUUCAAAAUGACAAAUUCACCAAAGAUAACAGACACGUUUACCUGAAUAUGUUUACUUGUUGUCAGUGCACUUUCUCUGACCAAAGCAUUUAUUUUUCAUAUUUUGUACAGCUUCACCAUUCUCUGAUGUAUUCUCAAUUUAAUAACUUAUUAAUGUACAGGAAUGCAUUUUGGCUGUAUGUUGAAACACCAACGUUGCCUUUUAGAAAAACAGAAAAGUGUGUUUUUGUGGAACGAAGAAAAACUGUGUUUCUACAGUAAAUGUUGUACGGUGUAUGAUUGAUAUGCAUUUAUAAAAGUACAUGUGGUAAAAUCAACCUUCAGAUUUUAAAUAAAUAUUCUAUUCAACUCUC